GAAAAAAAAUCAAAUCUAAAAUGUAAAAAAAUAUCUCCCCGGCGGGGAAUCGAACCCCGGUCUCCCGCGUGACAGGCGGGGAUACUCACCACUAUACUACCGAGGACGUCGGUGCGUGCUGCUUUCGAAUUCGUGUAUUUACAGCAACUCCAAAAUAGCGCCAAACUUCCCCUUUGUUUUGAAAUCGAUCCCCAAAAUGUAACAUGAUCGAUUUCAAAACACCGUGGCGUGGUUUCUCGAGAAAGGCAAAGUCUCCAGUAGCUUUCACAGGCAAAUGGAAACAAACCCUUAUCCUUCCAACCAUACAGAUCAAAACGAGUAAGUAUAAACAUUGAUUUGAAAUAUUUCUGAUUCGGUCUUGCCAAUAAAGAGCCUUUUAGUGAAGCAUUUCAAUGGGAAAUCAUAUUUUUGGCACAUUUUCAACACACGAUAUUACAUAUUUGUGACAUCUCACCGAGAUUUCAGGUCCCAAGGGAGCGCAAUUUGUAGCAAUUUAGUGAAAUUUGUAGCAAAUUAACAAUAUUUGUAGCAAAUUAGUCAAAUUAGAACACAGGAAUGUAUUCAAUUAGGAAUGUAUUCAAUUUUGUGCGUUUAAAAGAUCACGACGUGUUUUUCUGUGUUUUAAAGCAACAGAGAGAUUAUUUUGGAAGAGGCGUUUUGGGAUUGCAGUGUCUGUACGUAUAAAAAUAGCCCUGAAGCUUUCAAGUGCCGAAUGUGUGACGUUCGUAAAGGCACCUCGACUAGGUAAGGAAUAUUGUAGAAUGAUUCAAGCCUUUAGAAAGGAAUGCAAAUAUUCUCAUUUCUAUGCUCAACAGGUGUUACUUAUUAUGAGUGAAGAUGUGUAAAAUAUUUGCCAUUCCAAUGAGUUAUUUUAGAAUACCAUCCACAUGUUAUUAGGGUUAGGGCCUACCCCUUUCCCAGUUAUUCAUACCAAGACCUCGGGGCACAAAACAGUUUAUAUUGGCACAGUCCUGCAAAUAAUUAUUUUACUUGGACGGACAAAUGUCUGGCCAAGCCAAAAAUUGGUCAGACAAAAAUAUGUUGUCAGUUGACAAUGUUGUCAGAUGAUGUUGACAACAUAUUUUUGUCCGAACAAUUUUUGGCUUCGCCAGACAUUUGUCUGUCCAAGUAAAAUAAAUAUUUGGCAAGCCUGUGCCAUUUGAAACUGUUUUGUGCCCCGAGGUCUUGGUAUUGGUAUUAAGGUUGGUCUUCACAUGGGGCUAUUCAUGUCCUGUUGAUCAUACCUUCAACCAUAUUAUGUAGUGGUUUAAUUUAUUUUAUGUAUGGUUGUAAAGUUAAUAAAUAAAUAAAUAAAUAUUAAUAACUGCCCAACUGAAAUCGGCCAGAUCAAUCGUUGUGUGUAGGGUCUGUAGGGAUGGUCCGAUAUCGAUACCAAAUACUCGAUACUAUCGUUUUGAAGAAAAGUAUCGAUACUGGCAAGAAAUAUCGAUGUUUCGAUAUAUCUGCGCCUGCGAUAUUUUUAUUUUGGUCAGCGGCAUCAUCAUGAAAAUGAUACCAAAAAGCUCAAAAAGAAAAACUUUAAGCCUAAAUAGGCAUAAAUACUAUAAAAGUAGUUCAUUUUCUAUGGUGCUAUAAUGGUCCACGGGCAGAAUCGGAGUUUCUGGUUAUGUUGGUUGCAAUCACUGACAUAUAUUAUUCAAUGUUUAUAUUGUUAGCGUUGUUGCCGUUGUUAAUGAUUAAAAAUAGUCUUUUUGUUAUGAUGGUUGUUCGAGUUGGGAAAAUAUCGAUAUCGAAAAAAAAGGCAAAUAUCGAGGAAAUAUUGUAUCGAAUGAAAAAGCUGGUAUCGCCCAUCCCUAGUUGUGUGUAAACGUAGCUUAAGUUGUAUUGCGUGCAAACUCAAUUACGUAUGUAUUAUUUGCAUUUCAUAGGAAACCUCGGCUUAACCAACAAAUUGUUGCCCAACAAGGGGCACACAAAUUUUCAUCAGCAACUGUUAACGGGAAGAAAUUAAACGGAAAGAAAAUGCCUCGAAAAAUAAGGUUUGUUUAUUUAGAUUGUCUGAUAAUUUGUCUAAAUCGAUGUUUAUGUGUGUAAAUGUGAUAUACCGUAAACCUCCGGCUUAUAUUCUUGCGUAAGUGAUUUUUGAUGGGCUUAUACAAGGGGGGUUAUACAUGGACAAUCUUUGUGUUAGUAAUAAAAAAUUAAUAACAUGCUUUGAUUAACAUGGUACGCUAUUAAGACAAUGACAAUGUUUUUAAAUAUUGUUCUAACUUCUCUGCGAUAUUAAAAGACAAUAUGUCAAUGUUGAAUAACAUAGUAGGCUACUGGGCUUAUAUUCGUGGGUUAGUACAUGCGGUGGGCUUAUACACGGGGGUGGCUUAUAUUCGGAGGUUUACGGUACUAGUAACAUACCAAUAUGAAAAUUUACCAAUAUUCAAGACCGAUAUUGGUCAAUACUGAUAACCAAUACUGAUAACCAGUGUUCUAUUUUACGGUGCAUCACUAAUAAUUUCACAUAUUUACAUUUACAUAGACAAUCUGUUAUGCAAGUGAUAUAUCUCAACAGAUCAUUUGCCUCUUGUAGAAAUCAGGCUAAUAAUCGCCGUAUGUUUCUAGGCCGCGCCUGAAGAAUAUUGACCGAAGCAGUGCACAAGAAGUUUCUGUAACAGUUGGAAACAUCACAGUGACUAUAACAGACUACAAACUCUUACCCGACGACUCGUUGUCCGCAAUGUCUGACUCGUUAUCUCACUCGACAUCCAAUGAGUCGCUUGAUAGCUCGUUAACCUCGUCAGAUCAGGCCGCUGAGGUUAAUGGGAGCACUGAUGCCAUGUCCGUGGAUUCGUAGGAAUCGUAGUUUUUAACUUUCUAUAUUUCAUAAAAUGUAAAUAAUAAGUAUUUAUUGAUUUAUUUUUACAUCAAUGUAGAGAAUAAUAUUUGUAAUGAUAGAGAAUACAAUCAUUUAUUACGUGUGUGUAAAACAAAUGAUUGGCCAUAGUUGUGGGCAAACAAGAAUUUUCAGAGUGACCAACAGGCCAUGUCCAUCCAUAUUCAAGUUGCCACACAAGAUGUUAAGUUGGCAUUUUUGUCUAAUAUUUUUUGCCCAUUUCUUUGAAGUUUACCAGAAUAUGGGCCAUUCCAUUUAAUAUAUAGGCAACCCCCCCCCCCUAUUGAGGGGUCCCUUCAUAAUCCCCUUAGGGACCGCUCAUUAUUUAUUGUACAGGGGGGGACUGAGGAGAAACUCUACAGAUGUAAUAUUUUUUCGUUGCCCCCCUCUUA